UUUUUACUAUGGGAAUAUAAAUGUUGAACAAAGUAAUUUCAUAGCAAUGUAUAACUAUGCAGGAACGAACUAUGAGUUCAGAGAGCACAAAGUUAACAAAGAACAGAAUCAAGCGUCAUCUACAACCUCUAUUAUCGAUGUACCUAAGCUGGGAGCAAUACCUCAGUCUGUCUCUGUCUCCAGUAAGCGCGUUAGUCCUCUAUGGCUUCAUUUCGAAGAUGACGGCAGAUGUGCGUCAUGUCUUUAUUGCAACUCAAAGCUGAUACAUCACAGCUCGACGACGCCUCUUAAAAACCACCUGAUUGCAAAACAUCCCGAACGUCUUCCUUCCAACAUGUAUCUUCAAAUACCUCGCACAAUUAGAGCUAAAAAUUCUAAAAAUUUUUUAGAAAAGGACAUACUCAAAGCUCUAAUAAAAGAUGUGCGGCCGAUUAGUGAGCUCGAAGGAGCAUUAGCGAAGAUCGUUUUGAGUCUCUCCUGUAACUGGGAACAUCCUAAAGAAGUUGUGCGUCAAAGUCUGGAUAUUUUCUACCGAGAGUAUCAAGAUAAGCUGAGCAAUUUGAUCAAAACCCAUUGUUUAGGAUUAUCCUUGGCAUUGGACAUCUGGAAAUUGAACAAAUAUCCAAAAGCGUACUACCUUGGGGUCUAUGGGCAGUUUUUGACGAGUUCAUUUCAGGUUGUUUCUCUUGCCUUAGGUGUUGAGUACCUCAGGGACUUUACAAUGCCCGUUAUCUUUAAAGCGAUCAACGACGUUUUGAGUACCUAUUCCCUUUCUUCUCAGCACGUAUAUUAUGUCGUCGCGCCUUUUUUACCUGAAUUCACCGAGUUAGGAAGGGUGUGCAAGGCGAUGAAUGUUCCUUUAAUCGAAUGCUUGACGGGUUUUUUAAAGAAACUUGUCAAUGAAAUUUUAUUGCCCUAUGCAUCGCUGCUCGACAAGAUUCGGUCUUUCGUCUCCCAGAUUAAAUGUGAUCGCUACCUCAGGGGACGCUUUCUGUCCAUGCAAACCGCCAGGCCUCACCCGUUCAACCUAAUUCACGACAACCCGGACCAUAUGUUUUCAACCUGCGAUAUGCUUCUUCGGUUUAACACACUUCGUUCUGAAAUCGUUUCUUUCACCGAAGACAUAAAUUCCAGAUAUACCUUGCCCGUGUUCGAGGACGAAGAGUGGAACACUAGCUCGAGCAUCGUGCAACACUUCUUAAGACUUAGAGAACUGUCAGAGGAAAUGAAUAGCGAAAAAUAUCUAUAUGGGAGUUCCUCGACAAUUAGCAUUUCUGGAUGGAUUCGUUACCAGCAACAAAACGUCCUUGAUCCCGUGAUUGAUAAGCUACGUUUAGCCUCGUUGGAGGCCUUCGCUCAACGAACAUCCAACCCGGCAUCUCCGUUUAUAAUUGCAGCAGCUCUGGACCCCAGGUGGAAACACCUGCCUUGCUGGAACACAGACUAUGUAAAUAUGAUAAGGGAGCGCGUGCAACUCGAGCUGGAUGCGCUAUCUGUAUCUUCUGGUUCCAGUUUUGGAGAUCACGGUUUUGACCCCGUUCACAAAUACCAAAAGUUGUACGAGACAAAUUUAGAUGGGUGCAAGGAAUACGACGAAUUGAAGGCCUACAAUGCAGAGCCUAGGAUAGGCUUCAAUGACGAUCCAAUUCGUUGGUGGACGGAGCGGUCUUCAAAGUACCCGAAGCUAGCGCACUUGGCUCGAAAGUAUUUAUCAGUUCCCACGUCUGCUUCUUUUUCAUCUGUUAUGAAGACGAAGAUGGCGGCACUGGGGCCAAAUGUUGUACGCGAAAUAGUUACUCUGAAUAGAAACAUGGAUAUCUUGGACUUUAUUUACUCAACCGAACCGUUAUCAGAGAGCUAGUUUGGGAAGGGUUCGAGGUCAGAGACGCGGGCGUCGGCCGUUUGACUCGGUGGGACGUGUGGGGUCGCAGUGCGGCCUAUUGAGGAGGAACGAGGUUGGUGAGCAAAAGCUCCAACGAAUGAUAGGUGGUCUUUAAAUAAAACAAUCUGCGCUUAGCAACAUUA